UACAUCGCAUAACAACAAUAGUUAUAAUGAAAAUGCAAGUGCAUUUCCAUAAAACAGAGUAGUUUCGCAACUAAAAAAUAGUAUGAACAGUCGGCAAAAGAUUUUGCUGUAGCGUCAGGAGAUUGCAUGCGUCUAACCUUCCGGUCAAGAAAGAAAACAUUACGCAGAAACAUUCAUCACCCUGUCAGAUUGAAUUUUUCCUCGAGAUUGACACUGUUUAGAUCUCCUAAUCUGUCUACAAGCGGCACUAUCUGACAACAAGAAGUCGCGCCUUACAUCGUUUCUUAGACUCCUGGUAUAACGCCAUCAUGAUCGUACUCGGCAUUUGUGCGGUCGUAAUCGUGGUUUUUGCGAUAACUGCAGCGAUGAGCGACAAGGUCCGUGAAGCCGUAAUAUCAUCGAAAAUCUACAAGAAAGGUUUUGCAGUCCAUAUGAACUUGUUCAGUCGUAUUCACAACAACGCCGUCAGGAAACACAAAGAGGACAUUUUCGAGAAAUUGAAGUCAUCCGUGGAAAGUGUUGGCGGUGGCGAUAUUUUGGAGAUCGGAGCAGGAACCGGGGCAAAUUUUGAGUUUUUCCCCGAGGGAAGCUCUAUCAUAGCACUUGAACCAAAUCCACACAUGGUACCAUACUUAAGGGAAAACGCUGAAAAGUUCCCGCAUGUGCAGCUCAAGAACAUCGUACUAGGUUUUGCCGAAAACAUGGAUGGGAUUCCAGAUGCAUCUGUCGCCGCUGUUGUAUGCACCAUGACACUGUGUUCAGUGAGUGAUGUGAAGGCAACAUUGGCAGAAAUCAAGAGAGUUCUGAAGCCUGGAGGAUAUUUUUAUUUCUUGGAGCAUGUAGCAGAUGAACCAGAAACAUGGAGGAACUCCUUCCAACGAAGAUUUGACAACCAGUGGAAAUAUCUCGGCGACGGAUGCUCUUGCAGCAGAGAAACGUGGACCCACCUGGACAAUGCCAGCUUCAGUACUGUGUCUUACAGAAAAUUUGACCUGAAAGAACUUACUGUGCUUUGUUACUUGAUUCGACCUCAUUUAGCUGGGCAUGCUAUAAAAUGAGGUAGCAUACAUAAUGGACGUCGCCCCACGCAAAGUUGGGCGAGAAACGUUCGACCCUUCACAAGACAAACCUUUUUACAUUCACACCAGAGAGGGGUUUAUAUUGGUUCACUAUCAAGUAUAGCCUUUUUACUCCUAGGGAGGGGAUCCCAAACAAUUAUUGAUACAAGGUGGGGAGAUGGGGAAGGUGGCGGGACGGUGAUCGUGUUUUGAUAGUAAAUUACUCCAAGUGCAAAGUACUCACAGUUUUUCUUUUCUCACACAAUUCGGCCAUCAUUAGUGCUUUUUCUCGGAGCCUUUUUUGUAUUAAGGAUGACAAAAGAGUCUAAGAAUUCCUCUUAUGAACCGCCAGUAAUAUUAUGUUUCCUUACCGUGUUUCAUUAAAAAUCACCCCCUUCCUUCCCCCCCCCCUCCUCAGGCGAUGUUUCUCCGCGUAUUUAUGUUAUCAGGCACACGUAAGGUGUAUCAGCACACACGAUUUAACUGAUAUAAAGUUGACAACCAAGUAAAAAGGGAGUGAUCGAAAUUGAUUAUUUAACGUACACGACAUAUUUAGCCGCGCAUUUGUUGGCGGUAUAACCAAAAUUAUUCUACAGAUUAGUAAAAGAAAAGUUUUAUAUGGCGCAUGUGGGGGGUUUUGACGUGAAAACCAGAAAUACAUCGUUAGAAAUUAUACCACCUAAAUCAGAAUGAGUUGAAUCUUUUCUACCUUUAUAAAUCAAGACACUAAGGGGUUGAUCGUAAUCGUUUUCAGUUCAUUCAAAAAAAAAAAGAGAGAGAAAAAGAUGGAUUAUUGUGAAGCACCUCGUAUAAACUAUUUUGACUGAAUGCAAGUUAUGAAGGCAUAUCAGUCUUCUCAUUGGGUUCCAGGUUUAAUUCAUUAGUGAAACUUUAUGGCACACGAUGUUAGUGAGAUUUUUGCACAUUUGUCUGUUAUGGUGGGCAUAAAUUUAUUUGCCAGUUAAUAGACAGGUUACUGAUGAUUUCCUUCGAUUGAAGUUGAUUGCCAGGUAUGGGAAUCUUUUCUGGAGAAUAUAUCAUGAGAACACAGAAUUUCAGUGAAAAAAGUUAAAAAAAAAACUACAUUUUUGAUAGAGCGCAAGUAUAUUUGAAUCUCCUCUUGAACCGAGAGAUAAUUCUUCAAUUUCUUGUAGUAGUUAAUAUUGCACGAAAAUGUAUUCUACAUUAUCAAAAAUAAAAUUAUGAAUUCGAGAA